AUGUCUUCCUCGACAACAAGGUAUAAUCCUCCCACCCCAACACCCAAACCCAUACCGAUACAGAGGAACGUCGUAGGUACCUCAAAAUGUAGCCACCUAAAACUUCGUCUUCUCGAAAAUAUUCUGAUCCUCAAGGAACUCUUUUGCUUUCCAGUUUCCCAACGUACCUUAAAAACAAUGACCGAGGUUGAGCUUCAUAGUUUUCUUGUUGCUGACGAAACUGCUGUAUGCACCUUGGUCAUAUGGGAAAACGGUCAGUUCUUCAAGAUCGGUGAUGUUGUACAGAUAAACCAAGGUGAGACGAGAAUCCACGAAGAUACAUUUGAGCUUACCGUGAACAGUAAUUUCGGCAAGAUAAAAGUUGUUGAUUGGGAUGUUUUGCCUUACGUCGAAGAAGAAGUUCCUAAUCUGUCAAGCUACCUGUGGGUUCAAAUCGAUAAUAAGUUUAUGCCAAUGACAAAAAAUCGCCUUCCGGUUGAUCCUGUUUCUUUUGAACCACAACCCCAAAGGAUCGAUUAUGGUUCUUCUGCGCAAGAGAU